GGUGGGGCGGCUCCCGGGGAGGACCGUCAGCCCGCUCUCGGUUCUCACUCCCAUACCCGGGCACCUUCACGCCCAGGUGCCCCCAUAGCGCAGUGUGGUGCGGUGGGAAGAGCCCUGGAUUGGAACGAGAAGAGCUGGAUUCCAGUCCUGCUUUUGUCAUUAUACUGCUUAUGUGACACUGGGCUAGUCACUUCCCUCGUCUGAGCCUCCCUCGGUGUCUUCCUCCGUAAAGUGAGGGGGUUGGAUUAGGGGGCCCGCGAAGGCCUUUCCAACCCUCACCCUGUGAUCGUAUGCUCUCAGGGUGCUUCCCCCAAACUUGGUCCCCCAGGGUAUCCUCUGGCAUGGAGCCACCCCCCGACGACUCCCAGGACUGGGAUGAGGACUGGGACCCUGAAACGGACCCGGAUGCCCAAGCCCAGGAAUACAUCGAACGGGUUCUGGGCUCGCCCGGCGCGGCCCUGGCCCGCACGGUCCUGGCACCCCCGCCCCCGGUCAGCCCCAGGCCACCCCCCGUGGAGCUGUGGCGGGAGUCCCGGUGGUCCUCCGGCGGGGAGCCCGGCCCGGCCGCGUCCGGGCUGCUGGGUCUGCCGCUGGAGCUGAUCCUGGAGAUCUGCUCUUACCUGGAGGCGAGGCUGGUGCUGGGGGUCCUGCCCCUGGUGUGCCGGACCCUCAGAGACAUCGUCCAGGACCAGGUUAUGUGGAAGAUCCGUGUGCAGAAGCUCCUGGGGGGGGCCUACCCCGUGGUGGAAGAGGAGGACUUUGACUGGCCAGCUGCCUGCAUCGAAUUGGAGGAGCACUUGGGCCGCUGGGCGGACGAUGGGCGACGGGCCGAAUACUUCAGCUUGUCUGACGGCCACUUUGCCUCCAUCGACUCUGUGCUCCUGCUGCAGGGUGGGGCACUCUGUGUCUCUGGCUCCCGGGACCGAAAUGUCAACUUAUGGGACUUAAGACAGCUUGGAGUAGAUCCAGGCAAGGUUCUGGUCAAGGCUCUGGGUACCCAGCGGAGCGGGACCCACAAGGGCUGGGUCUGGUCCCUGGCUGCUCAGGAUAACCGCGUCUGCUCAGGCUCCUGGGAUAGUACUGUGAAGCUCUGGGACAUGGAAGCUGAUGGGCAGCAGUUUGGGGAGAUCAGGGGCAAGGCUGCUGUGCUCUGUCUCUCCUACCGUCCUGACAUCCUGGUCACCGGCACCUAUGAUAAGAAAGUGACUGUUUACGACCCCCGAGCGGGCCAGGCCCUGGUGAAGAGCCGAAGGUUGCAUUCAAGUGCUGUGCUGGCCUUGUCAGCUGAUGACCAGUACAUCAUCUCGGGAAGUGAGGACCGAACCUUGGUGGUGUUUGAGCGGCGGACCAACAGUGUCCUUCAACGGCUGCAGCUGGAGUCAUACCUACUGUGCAUGUCUCACCGAGAGCCCCAGCUCUGGGCUGGGGACAACCAGGGCCUGCUCUAUGUGUUCGAGAACCACGGAGGCCAGUUCAAGCAUGUCAGGUCCUUCGAUGUGGGGCAUAGGUCACAAAUCACUGGCAUUGAACAUUCCUUGGGGUCACUUUAUACCACAUCCACGGACAAGACCAUUCGGGUACAUGUGCCCACUGACCCACCACAGACCAUCUGUACCCGAAGCCAUCACAAUGUUCUUAAUGGGGUCUGUGCUGAUGGCAAUGUAGUGGUAGCUGCAUCCGGGGGUCUGUCCUUGGAGGUGUGGCGAUUGACGCCCUGAAGUAGGGGGGCCCAGAGGACUGGGUCUGGCUGAGGCAUCUUUGGACCUGUGCUGCUGUUCACACUUCCCCCAUCCCCUGAUAUUGGGGACCAUCCCAACCAUCCAGGUGUCAGACCUGGUUCUGUGGUGCUACCAGAGUACCCGGCCAUUUUCUCUAGUGGCUGGGAUCAUAUUGCUCCCGCUGUGCAAGCUCAUAGCUCCUGACUGGGGAUAAACCCCAUCACCCAGGACCAGAAGAGUGUUGAGGGUCCUUCCAGUGAGGGCUGGGCCUCAUUCCCUCCCUUCCCCCCACCUCCCUGUUAUUUAUUAUUGGAAUAUCCCUUUCUCCUGCUGUUGAGGCCAAAGCUCAGGAAUAAACCCUUUGGAUGAUUCCCCGCUGCUGUGACUGUGUACUGCCGGGCUUCCGCCUGUGAUGUGGUGCCUUCGUGGCUUCAUGUGCAUGGAGAUAGUGUGUCGGUGUGACUCGCUCCUGGGGCUGUCACGUCUGACUUUGCACCUGAGACAGUGUUUGUGACCACAUACAUUCGAUCACAGCGAACUGGAUGGCAGCAUUGGGCCUGUGACACGAGAGACCGUGCAGUGGGUGGGUGUGAGACGCAUGUAUGGACACCCAGGUCCUUGGGAGGACAGCAGUUCUUGGUUCUCUUUCCCAGAUAUGAACUCAAACUCACACACAGAGCUGAAGACUUUAAUAAGACCUGACCCAUAUUUUCCUGGGGCUCUCAGACCCUCUGGAAUUGAAGGGAUGGGAGAGGAGAUCAAGGGGUCUCAAGGUGGGGCACAGGAUGGGAAUGUCUCAGGAUUCAGGGAUAUUGAGCAGUGAGGUGCUGUGGGGUGGGGUGUAUCUCAAGCCAUGGGGACCUGCUGCCAGGGCACCUUAGGACAGGAAGGUGAGGAGUCUCUUGAUAGGGGUGUUGAAUGAGGAAUUUGAAGGGAGGAAUCCAAGCGUGGGGGUGUCUAAAGACACAGAUGUUCCUUGAGAGGGGGUCACAGGAUGGUGCAUGGCUUCUUCUCCUUGAAGGGGUUGACAGCAGCUGGGAUGCCCAUGAGGAAUGGGUCACUCUUGGCAUGUUCCACACAGUACUGCAAGAGCUCCCCUGCUGCCUUGGAUACCUAAGGCCAGAUCAGGGCCUAGCUAGUCACCAGGGACCCAGGCCCAUCCCCACUCCCAGCCCAUCGUCUCCCAGUCUGAAGCCCUCACCUGGACACGGUCGAUGCCGGCCUCCAUCCGCAGCUGCUCCACUGCCCGGCGUGCUUGGCCUAUGUCACUGCCACUUGACAUCCUGCUGGACGUCUGCCGUGUUGUUGAGAGGGAGUUGGGGCUGCCCAGAUGCAAUCAAGCUCCCCUGGCUCCUUGCAGCAAGAGACAUCAGCUGUCAGCCCCCACACCCCAGUCACUCCCAGACCUUCUUGGGCUCACAGCCUUGUCCUGCCAUUUAACUGUGUGACUGCACCCUGCCCUGCCUCAGUUUUCUCAUCUAAGAAAUGAGAAGAUCUCUGCAACCUUUCCUAGCUUUAAAUAGUAUGUUUCCCAAGCCUGCUUCCUUCAUCUCCUUUCUUCCUCCUGAAUCACCCUGGCUGGCCCAGGCCUAAGACUGAGGAGAAAUGGAUCAUUUCCUGGAAGGCAAGAAAGGCUAGGCGAGCGUUGAAUGUGGACUCAGGAUCCAAGUCUCUUUCCUUCUCUGGGCCUCAGUUUGUUUGUAAAAUAAAAAUAUUGGACUAAAUAA